AUGUUUUAUUCAACUGAACCGGAACCCUUUCCAAUUGCUGUAAUUAGUUUAGAAUUAGAGGAUCAGACUGAAGAAAUUAAAAUUUAUGAAGGAGAUGACAUUGAAGAAAUAGUGGAAAAUUUUUGUUAAUAUAAAGGUCUAGAAUAAAAGUAUGUGAAAUACUUGAUUGAUCAGAUAAAUCAAUAAUUAAAAAAAGAACCCUCUCCUAGAUUUGGGGAUAGUUUUGGAUAAAAUUUUAGAACUCAAUAACCAUUAUACUCAAAUCAAAGCUAAUAAAGUGAAGUCUGCUACACUACAUAAGCAAGCAGUGUCGAAGAGAAUUCUGCAUAAAAAAGUUACGAAAAAUGGUAAUAAAUGAUGAAUAAAAAGACUGAUCUCUAAUAAUUAUUGAACAUGUCUUCAAAUACAGUAUAAUGGACUGUUCCUAAUACAGCAAGAUGUAAAUAUUUCAAAUUUAUUAACAUUUUAGCUUUCAACGAAAAUAAAAAAAUUACAGCAAAUGAACGUCUCUAUAGAGAUGGGUUAGAUAUUCAAAAAAAUAAAAAUGAGAAGGCUGAAAUGCUUAAGAUUCAAAAGUUAUAAUAAGAAUCCAAAUAAGCUACAUUUAAACCCUUGAUAUCUCCUAGAUCUAAAUUGAUCACACAAUAGAAAAAAAAAGUGAGCAAACCAGAAAACAGUAUUAAUGAAGAUGCAUUUCAUGCUUAAUAAAAGAGUUAAGUUUAAAAUACUUAGAAAUUAUCAAAUAGAACAUAAGUUCAAACCUAAAAAAGAAAAGAGUCUCCCUUUUAGCCUAACAAAUAAAUUAAUACAAGCAGAAAUCGCUCUCAAAAUAGGUCUGUAACACCUAUUUAUGAAAAGUUAUUCAAAUAAGCUUAGGAAGGUAAAAAAAAGAAGGAAGAAUUUGCUAAUUAAGAGUUUCAAAAGAUAUAUACAUUUAAACCUUAAAUUAAUAAUCCAACUACUAGUGUAGAUCCUGAGAAUUAAAAAAUUCUAGUUUAAAAAUUAGUGUAAGAACAUGAUGAGAAAAGACAAAGAAUUGAAAAGAAAAGGUAAAAAACUCUAAAUUUAUCUUAGGCAUCAAAUGUAAAUGCAAAAUUAACCUACUUUCCAUCCUAAAAUCACCAAAGAUUAAACAUUUAUUAAAGUUAGCAAGUAAAGAGAUUAUGAAGACUCUUAACUAGCUAUUGAUUUAUAAAAAGUUCAAUCUCGUCUAGGGAGCAAAAAUUCAUUUAGUUCUUCUGAAACCAGAAUUUAGUCACAACAAAGUGAACCAACCUUUUUUGAUAAUUAAAUGAUAAAAAUUUUCAAUUUAUUAGAUGGAGACAAGGAUGGUUAUAUAAGCAAAGACAAUAUCGACUUGCAUAAAAUAGAAUUAGAUACAUUAGAAAUUAUCAAAGAUGUCCUAUUUUAUAUAGAUGAUAAUAACAUUAUUGCCGAUUAGAAUUCAUUUAAAAAAAUGUGUUACUCUAACGGAUUACAAGCCAAAUUCAAUAAAUCCUGA